GAAGGUCUGGCUAGAAAGAGGGUGACGGCUCCGCUUCGUCUCCCGCAGGUGUUCACGUUCGGCUGGAGAGAGGACAUCCGGGUGGGCGACCCCAUGCACACCAAGAAGGUCUGCUUCGACGCCGUGUCCCACAACAGCCCCGUCACCCUGUACGACUGCCACGGCAUGAAGGGGAACCAGCUGUGGCGCUACAGAGAGGAUAAGACCCUGUACCACGCGGUGAGUAACAGCUGCAUCGACAGCAGCCCCAGCGAGCGGCGAGUCUUCAUGAACACGUGCGACGCGUCGUCGGCCAGCCAGCGGUGGCUGUUUGAGAGGACCAACGCCACCGUGCUGGAGCACUUCAACCGGGGGGGCGCCAACUGAGGCCAAACACACACUGGCUCCAUCUGAUGCAUUAUGGGAUACCGUGGGGGGAAGGAACACAUCAUUUAGAGUUGAUCUCUGAUGGAAGGGUUUGGUUCCGGUUCCUGCGCCGCUCAUUCAGGCCCAGACGGAGUCGGCGGAUAUCUUUUGUACGUCGUUUUCAGCAGUGAUCCAAAAUGAAAGUCUUCAGUAUUUUUUGCGGAGAUUUCCCCUCCUCGCGCCGGGGAUGUGUUGACACUCUGAGUUUCAUUUGAAAAAUCUCCAAAUGUCCAAAAUCUGCAACAGAAUUACAGAAAAAUGACAGAAAAAUCUUGGUGGAAUUCAGCAUCCGCAGAUAGCGUCGGUCCCGGUGACAUUCCUCUCCUCUUUUCUCCUCUCCUCUCUCUCCUCUCCUCUUUUCUCCACUCCUCUCUCUCCUCCUUUUUCCUCCCUCUCUCUCUCCUCUCUCUCCUCUCCACCUCACUCUCCUCUCUCUUUCUCCACUCCUCUCCUCUUUUCUCCUCUCCUCUCCCUCCUCUCCUCUCCUCUUUUCUUCCUCUCCUCUCCUCUCCUCUCCUCCUCUCCUCUCCUCUCCUCUCCCUCCUCUCCUCUCCCUCUCCUCUCCUCUCCUCUCCUCUCCUCUCCCUCUUCUCCUCUCCUCCCCUCUCCUCUCCUCUCCCUCCUCUCCCCUCCUCUCCUCUCCUCUCUUUUCUCCUUCCUUCUGGGGGGGCGUCCUGCUGAGCCAAAGUCGUCCUGACAGCUGAAUCCACCCAUCCACCCUUGUCUCCACCCGCCUCGGCUACUAGUUUCUCCUCUGCAGGGCCACAGCUAACGCUAAUUACUAUUAUUAUAUUAUUAUUAUUCUCAAAGUUAAUUAAUAGAUGAGUUGUUUGGUCUCUAAAAUGUCUGAAAACGUGUCCCCCAAAGCCCGAGACGACAGCGUCCUCAGAUGUCUCGUUUUGUCCACAACUCAAAGAGAACCGGUUCCCUGUCACAGAGAGAAGAAACUAGAAAAUAUUCACAUUUAACAAAGCAGGAAACAGAAGUUUUCCCUUUUUUUUUUUCUUCUAAUAAAAAUGACCCAAACUAAUGAGUCUGUUAUCAAAAUUUUGGGGAAUUAAUGUAAUAGUUGAGAACUAAUGGAUUCAUCUUCGCAGCUCUGCCCGUCUCUGUUGGCAGUGUGGCCCCAGCUGGGGGGGGGGGGGGG